AUGACCGGAUCCAGUUCAGAAUGUCGCCACCAAUACCAAGGGUCCGGUGAGAUUGAAGCCUCACUAGCAAGCCUUUCGGGGUUGUCUGCGUCCCUGGCUCAGCUUCGAGCGUUGUCUACAAAACACAGGCAGCUUGCCGCGGCCAUGGAAAAUAUGUCCUACCUGGUUAAAGUGCCUGAAUGCAUGGAACAGGCUCGGAACUCUAUUGAGACUGAGAACUUACUGGAAGCGCACAAAAGGAUACAGGAACUGGAGGGCAUUCGAGACGAGAUCAUGUCUGAUGUCUUCAAACAGAACUCGUCAGCAGAUCUUGAUACUCUACGAACCUUCUUCAAAGGUCUGGAUGAUAUCAACAAGGCCAUGUUAGACAAAAUUAAACGCGUUGGUUCUACGCUUACAAGUGCUGUGAUUACACAAAAUGUCCUCUGUGUGAACUGUGUCCGGAUAAUCGACCGGGAGGAGAGGUAA